UUUGGUUUGGUUUGGUAGAAAUGGUGAUGACGGUGAUGAUGAGGAUUGCGGUGACGCCAUGGCAGACCUCCCCGCUAUUCUCCUUAAAUUCCCGUAAUACCCCUCUCACCCUCCUCCUCUUCCUACCUUCUCCAGGAGGAGAACUCGUCGUCGUCGUUUCUCCAUGGCUGCCGCUUCCACUCAGUCAACUCCUCCAGCCUCUUCCACUCAGAAGCAGGGAGAUGCAGGCAACAUGUUUCAGUUGAUUCAGUCUCAUCAGGAAAAGGCUUGUCGUCUUCCCCCGGUUGAGGAAAUCCGAACUCUCCUCGACCGCAGUGUUCGUGGAGUGCUCUCCACUCUCUCACAUAAGUAUGAGGGCUAUCCAUCAGGAUCCAUGGUCGACUUUGCAUGUGAUGCCGAUGGAUCUCCCAUUCUAGCUGUCAGCACUUUGGCUCUUCAUACCAAGGAUUUAACUCAGAAUCCCAAGUGCUCAUUGCUUGUGGCUCAAGAUCCUGAUGACAGGACUGAUUUGUUAGUCACUGUGCAUGGUGAUGCAGUUCCUGUUUCUGAGAAGGAUCAAGCAGCCAUUCGAACUGCUUAUUUGGCCAAGCAUCCUGACGCAUUUUGGGUUGACUUUGGUGACUUCCAUUUCAUGCGUAUUGAACCAAAAGUUGUGCGCUACGUGUCAGGGGUUGCAACAGCCUUAUUAGGAUCAGGAGAGUUCAUCAGCGAGGAGUAUAAAGCUGCAAAAGUUGAUCCUAUUGCUCAAUUUACAAAACCUGUUGCAUCUCAUAUGAAUAAGGAUCAUGCUGAAGAUACUAAAGCCAUUGUGCAGCACUCGACUUCAAUUCCGGUGGACUUUGCAUACAUUUUGGACUUGGAUGCCCUUGGUUUUAAUGUCAAGGCUGCUUAUCAGGGUGAUAAUUUCAAGCUUCGAAUACCCUUUCCAAGACGUGCCAUGGACCGAAAGAUGUUUCUGCAUUUCACAAGUGCCUUUCUCUAGAUAUGGAAAAAUUUGGAUGGCUUAUUUCUGUUAAAUGCUGAGAAAGAAUGUCUCCAUUUUAGUCAGACGUCACUGUAUCACACUUACAAGGAGGCGAACAAAAUCAUAAAGCGGUAUACGUAGACUAUCAUUGUAAAUCAUUUCCUUUCCUAUACGUAGAUUAAUAAAGAAAUAUUCUCAUACAACUUGAUGGAGUUUACAUUAUGAGAGAUGUUGAUAAUCUAUGGCUCCAUGUGUGCCCGUG